UUGUCUCUCCACAGGCAAACUCCAUUAACAAGCCUGCCUACCCACCUUCUCUCUCUUUCCCUCCUCCUUCCUUCCUCCAUAUAUAUCAUCUUCUUCUGCAGUUGCCAAGAUAUUCAGACAACCAUCACCAUCACCACCAUCUUCAUCUUCUUCUUCUUCAUCUUCAUCUUCUUCAUCUUCAUCGUCACCGACCCAGAAGCUGAACCGUCGUCAUUUCAUCGCUCGCGGUCUUUCUCGUUCUUGUUCAGGGGCAAUCCCCGAACCCAGCUGUAAAGCUCCGAUUUUGUCGCGCGGAAUCGGCAAAAGUUGGGGCCUUUCUCCGGGAGGGAUCCGUUCGGCGGCGACCCAGUUUCGGAUUCGGAGGUGGUCGGAUCAGUCUGGGGUCGAAUUUGGGGGACCAUGGGUUUCGACAAGGAAGCGGGCUCGUCGUCGCGGACCCUGACGCCCAUCCCCCGGGAGGACACGCCGCUCCUGGGCAAGCCGCGGCAGCUCUCCUCGCAGGCCAAGACCUUCGCGAACGUGUUCAUCGCCAUCGUCGGGGCCGGGGUCUUGGGCCUGCCGUACGCGUUCAAGCGCACCGGGUGGCUCACGGGCCUGCUCAUGCUCUUCUCCAUCGCCGCCCUGACCUACCACUGCAUGAUGCUCCUGGUCCGCACCCGCCGCCGGCUCGAGUCCGUCGACGGGUUCUCAAAGAUCGCGUCCUUCGGGGAUCUCGGGUUCACGGUGUGCGGGUGGAUCGGCCGGGUCGUGGUGGACAUCAUGAUGGUGCUGUCGCAGGCCGGGUUCUGCGUCAGUUACUUGAUUUUCAUCGGCAAUACGAUGGCUAAUUUGUUCAAUUCGGGUCCGGCUACGCAUGUGGCUGCGUAUGUGAGUUCAAGCAUAUGGGGCAUUUCCGCCAAGAGUUUCUACAUAUGGGGGUGUUUGCCUUUCCAGUUGGGCAUAAAUUCAAUCAAAACGUUGACGCAUUUGGCGCCUUUGAGCAUUUUCGCGGAUGUAGUCGAUCUCGGCGCCAUGGGCGUGGUGAUGGCUGAUGAGGCAGGGAUUGUUUGGAAGAACGGGGCGAAUGUGCAGGCCUUUGGGGGCCUGUCUGUGUUCUUUUAUGGAAUGGGUGUGGCUGUUUAUGCUUUCGAAGGGAUCGGCAUGGCGUUGCAUUUGGAGUCCGAGAUGGAAGAUAAGAGGAAGUUUGGGAAGAUCUUGGCCAUUGCGAUGGCCUUUAUUGCGUUGAUGUAUGGAGGAUUUGGAUUGCUGGGUUACUUGGCGUUCGGCGCAAACACGAGGGAUAUAAUUACGGCAAACAUGGGGAAGGGCUUGAUUAGUACUAUAGUGCAACUGGGUCUUUGUAUCAAUUUGUUCUUUACCUUCCCUUUGAUGAUGCACCCAGUUUAUGAAAUCGUGGAGAGGCGAUUAUGGGGCGGACGAUAUUGCAUUUGGCUGAGAUGGCUGCUGGUGUUGUUAGUGAGUUUGGUUGCCUUGAUGGUGCCUAACUUUGGGGAUUUCUUGUCAUUGGUUGGAAGCAGCGUGUGCUGUGGACUGGGAUUUGUGUUGCCGUCUCUGUUUCACUUGCUGGUGUGCAAGGAAGAGAUGGGUUGGAUAGGCCUGAGCACGGACGUAGGGAUUUUCGUGCUGGGAUUGGUGCUAGCUGUUUCAGGGACUUGGUAUGCACUCACGGAAAUUUUCUUUUCAUAGGUAUGGUAUUGAUCUUCGUUUUCAAAUUUCAUAACAGGGUAGCGGUGUGAUAAAUAUUUGCAUCACUCUAUGUCAUGAGAAUGGACUCUUUCCCUGGACAAUAAAAUUGAUGAGCGCAUAGUACUUGUUUAUCCUAUGGAAAAAUUCAAUAAGCAGUGCGUAUAUUAGUGUGCUGCUAAGCAGAAUCAUGUGAAAUGUAAAUGCGAUUUCCAUGUCCUCAACUUUCAUCUUCUACUGAUUAUAUGUUGCUUUUGUCUGAUCA